GCCACCACAGCCGCAGCCAUGAAGUGCCUCCCGCUCGUCCUGGGCCUGGCCCUCGUGUGUGGCAUCCAGGCCGCCACCGUCCCCCUGACCAUGGACGGCCUAGACCUGCAGAAGGUGGCUGGGACGUGGCACUCCAUGGCCAUGGCGGCCAGCGACAUCUCCCUCCUGGACUCGGAGACGGCCCCUCUGAGAGUGUACGUCCAGGAGCUGAGACCCACGCCCGGGGACAACCUGGAGAUCAUUCUGCGCAAAUGGGAGCACGGCAGAUGUGUGCAGAAGAAGGUCUGGGCAGAAAAAACCGAGCUCCCUGCUGAGUUCAAGAUCAGCUAUCUGGAUGAGAACGAGGUCAUCGUGCUGGACACCGACUACAAGAACUACCUGUUCCUCUGCCUGGAGAACACCGACGCCCCCGGGCAGAACCUCGUGUGCCAGUGCCUGACCAGGACCCUGAAGGCCGACAACGAGGUCAUGGAGAAGUUCGACAGAGCCCUCCAGACUCUGCCCGUGCACGUCCGCCUCUUCUUUGACCCGACCCGGGUGGCAGAGCAGUGCCGCGUCUAGGUAGGUGAGCUCCUGCCCGAC